CAGCCGACGAGGCAGCAAUUACGCUUUGGGGAUAAAACGAGGCGCAGAGAGCGGGCUGGGGCAUUUCUCCCCGAGAUGGCGGGUCUGACAGCUGCAGCCCUGCGGCCAGGAGUCCUCCUGCUCCUGCUGUCCAUCGUCCACCCCUCGCAGCCUGGAGGGGUUCCAGGGGCUAUUCCUGGUGGAGUUCCUGGAGGCGUCUUCUACCCAGGAGCUGGUCUAGGAGGCCUGGGAGUAGGAGCACUGGGCCCUGGAGGCAAACCACCCAAGCCAGGUGUUGGAGGGCUCGCAGGCGCUGGCCUUGGGGCAGGGCUCGGGGCCUUUCCUGCAGGCGCCUUCCCGGGGGCUUUGGUGCCCAGUGGUGCGGCCGCAGCAGCCUAUAAAGCUGCUGCCAAGGCUGGUGCUGGGCUUGGUGGUGUUGGCGGUAUUGGCGGCAUUGGUGGCUUAGGAGUGUCUACAGGUGCGGUGGUGCCUCAGCUUGGAGCAGGAGUCGGAGCUGCAGGGAAGCCUGGGAAAGUGCCAGGUGUGGGGAUCCCAGGUGUAUACCCAGGUGGAGUGCUCCCAGGCACAGGAGCUCGCUUCCCAGGUAUAGGGGUGCUCCCUGGGGUUCCCACUGGAGCAGGAGUCAAGGCCAAGGCCCCAGGUGUAGGUGGAGCUUUUGCUGGAAUCCCAGGAGUUGGACCCUUUGGGGGUCAGCAGCCUGGAGUCCCGCUGGGGUACCCCAUCAAGGCACCCAAACUACCAGGUGGCUAUGGACUGCCCUACAGCACUGGGAAGCUGCCCUAUGGCUUUGGGCCCGGAGGAGUGGCUGGUGCCGCGGGCAAGGCUGGGUACCCGACUGGGACAGGAGUUGGCACCCAGGCGGCGGCAGCAGCAGCAGCUAAAGCAGCAAAGUUUGGUGCUGCAGGAGCCGGAGUUCUCCCUGGGGUUGGUGUCGGCGUUCCUGGCGUGGCUGGCGCAAUUCCUGGCAUUGGAGGCAUCGCAGGGGCUGGGGCUCCAGAUGCUGCUGCUGCUGCUGCUGCUGCAAAGGCGGCUGCUAAGGCAGCCAAAUAUGGGGCUCCUGGAUUGGUGCCUGGGGUGCCAGGCUUUGUCCCAGGAGUUGGAGUUCCUGGUGUUGGGGUCCCUGGUGUUGGAGUCCCAGGAGUUGGAGUCCCUGGUGUUGGGGUCCCAGGAGUUGGAGUCCCAGGAGUUGGAGUCCCAGGAGUUGGAGUCCCAGGUGUUGGAGUCCCAGGGGCUGUGUCACCAGCUGCAGCUGCUAAAGCAGAGGCCAAAGCAGCCAAAUACGGGGCCAAAGCCGGGGUGGGAGUUGGAGGCAUUCCCACUUUCGGGGUUGGCGCUGGGGGCAUUCCUGGCUAUGGUGUCGGUGUUGGAGGUGUUCCUGGAGCUGGCAUUUCCCCUGCAGCCCAGGCAGCCGCCGCAGCCAAGGCAGCCAAGAUUGGUGCUGCAGGGGCCCUGGGAGGACUGGUGCCAGGUGCCGCAGGAGCAAUACCCGGUGUGCCAGUCGUUGGAGGGGUGCCAGGAGUGGUGACUCCAGCAGCUGCCGCCGCUGCCAAAGCAGCCGCCAAAGCAGCCCAGUUUGGGUUAGGCCCUGGUGUUGGUGUGGUUCCUGGUGUUGGUGUGGCUCCCGGCGUUGGUGUGGCUCCCGGCGUUGGUGUGGCUCCGGGUGUUGGUGUGGCUCCCGGUGUUGGUGUGGCUCCUGGCGUUGGCAUUGGCCCUGGCGGUGUUAUAGGAGCAGGGGUCCCGGCUGCAGCCAAAUCCGCUGCUAAGGCAGCCGCCAAAGCCCAGUUCCGGGCUGCCGCUGGGCUUCCUGCUGGCGUUCCUGGAUUUGGAGUUGGUGUCGGAAUUCCUGGAUUUGACGCUGGUGUUGGUGUUCCUGGCUUUGGGGCAGGGGCAGUGCCUGGACCCCUGGCUGCAGCUAAAGCAGCCAAAUAUGGAGCAGGAGGGAUUGGGGCCCUCGGAGGGCUUGGAGACCUUGGUGGAGCCGGUAUCCCAGGUGGUGUGGCAGGAGUUGGACCCGCUGCUGCUGCUGCUGCCAAAGCCGCUGCCAAAGCCGCUCAAUUUGGCCUGGGGGUACCCGGUGGGCUCGGAGUCGGAGGACUGGGAGUUGGAGGUCUUGGGGCCGGUGGAAUUGUCCCAGGGGUUGGGCCCUUUGGAGGUGUGUCCCCAGCUGCAGCAGCUAAAGCAGCCAAAUACGGAGUUGCAGCAAGGCCUGGCUUUGGACUGUCUCCUAUUUUCCCAGGUGGUGGAGCCGGGGGCCUGGGAGUUGGUGGUGGGGCCUGCCUGGGGAAAUCCUGUGGCCGGAAGAGAAAGUGAGCUUCCCAGGACCCCUGACUCACGACCUCAUCAACGUUGGUGCUACUGCUUGGUGGAGAAUGUAAACCCUUUGUGACCCCCUCCUUCCUUCCGUCCCAUGCCCCCUCCUAAGUUCCCGCCCCGGGAGGGGUCGGGGAAGGCCGGGCGGCCUCAGAAAUCCACAGGGCAAGGAAACAAGAGAAUGGUGGCCAAGUGGGCCUGGGGAGGCCCCCACCUUCAGAGGCAAGGGGUGGGUGGGCUUGGCCCCCUGCCCCCACCCCCUUCCCACCCAGGAGCUCCCCCUCCACACACUCUCCAUCUCCAGGGGAACUUGGUGCUACGUGCUGGUGCUCUCAUCUUCCUGCGGGGAGGGAGGAGGGAAGGGCAGCCCCUUAGGGAAUCCCCUCCCUGGGGCUCCUCUGAAGAUGGUGCAGACACUUCCUGGGCAGUCUCACCUCCCCCUGCCCACCAGGACCCACCUCUGGCUGUGGUCCAGUUGGUACCCAAGCAUUGAAACCCUCAAGCUGGAUUCGGUCACACCAUCUCUUGGCCCCCAUGACCCCCUCUCCCCCACCAAUCGCUAUUCCCCAUGUCUGGGGGCAUUCAGGUCGGAAGACACCCCCCUCCAUUGGAAAUAGCCCUCUUGCUCUUGUGGAAUUCAUCCACCCAUCUGUCCAUCCAUCCAUCCGUCCUCGUCCCCAUUUGGUUGCCUGGCACCACUAGCUGGCUGGGCGCCCCCAUCAUCAACUUGGUUAACCUGUCAUGGCAGCCUGUGCCCGGCCUCCGCCCCACCACACACACCCCUACGAAGGAGCCCUGAGCCCAGGGUGUGAGGGGCUGUGCCGGCUGGGGCAGCAGGAAUCUCCCCCCAACCUGGGUUUCCCCCCACGCAGUACUGUAUCCCCCGUCCCUCCCUCGAGCCACUGUACUUCAGAGCAUCCCCCCGCCCCGCCCAUCUCUUUGUGUCUCGCUGUGAUAGAUCAAUAAAUAUUUUAUUUUUUGUCCUGGA